AAAAAGUGGAGUCCAUUUCUUUACUACUUGAGUCUAGAUGGGCCCCGGGGCUUCCUUGAACAGUAAAAUAUGGCAGAGCCCUUAAUUGACUUGGUACUUUACAUUUCCUGAAAGGUAGAUGCCAUGGUCUCUAAAUUACCUUCUACAUCAUAAUCUUUGUGUUUUUGUCACUUCCGUUACCACCAUGGUUACACAUCUUUUUAAAAUAUGAUUUUACAUUUAUAUAAAACUUAAAUAUGGAGGCUCUGGAUGCUUUCUAUGUUCGGUAUUUAUAAAUGGACACAUACUCUCUCUUCAUAGUUAAUAGAAGCAAAAACAUUUGCCAUUUUCAAGAUGGUUUAAGAUUUAAAAUAUUUACAGUAAUAAAGUUCAGUUGCACUGGAAAAAAUAUGUCUGUCAAGGACACAACCUACCCCAAUGUGCCAUUCAUUUGCAUCUACAGGGAAACCCAAUUAUAACAGCUAUUUUCAAGAACUAAUAUCACUGGAGACUGAGCAGAGCUACCCUGUAGUAGAGCAAGCAGGUAACAGCGUGUCCUAAAAAACUGACCUAGACAGGAACAUGUACAUGGUGAGCUUACCCACAUUAUAUUAUUCCCCCAUGGAAUUCUACAUUUGAUCUAAAAUACUGUUGCUAGUGUUUAUGUAAAAUGAGAUUAUAAUUAAUCAUUAUGCUAAUUUUAAUAAUUUCGUGUCUCAGGUGGAUUGAGGUGCUAAAAUUGUAUGUCGUGGGUUCCAAAAACUGUCUUUUUGGGUUGGGCAUGGUACAUUUUGCAACCAAAUACCUCCUUUGUAAACCUUAUGUAAGACUGGCAUAAAGCGAAAGAAGCAGGUCCCUAAUCAAUUGUUGCUGCUACUUUAAGAUCUAUCUCAAGGAAACGUUUGUUGAGUUCACUCCAAUCCCUGGCAGGACACACACCAUAUUUACAUAAGAAACAAGGGUCAUUCUUCCCAAUCAUUCCUUGGGGGAGUGGACUAAUUUCUCUCUGGUCUGUUACACCUUAUGCAAAAGCUGAUGGCUCCUUAAUUUCAAAUAAUAAUAGAUAAGAUUUGACAUAGGCUUUUUAAGUUCACCCAUGUGGAAAGGCUGCUCACUGAGGUGGCAUGAUCCCAAACUUCCCUAUGCCAUUAACUAGUUGUGGAACCUUGAGAGCAAUCUCUAAUCUUUCUGAAUUUUGUUUCCUCGUUUGUUAAAAGAAAUGGACUUUAGAAAAUUUUCUUUGAGGCCUCUUACCAAUACCAGACUUUAAUGAAGAUGAACUCUCUUUCCCCUUGCUAUUUAGGCAGGAGACCUCCCCACUGCCCUCUGCAUGCUUCUUACUUUUUCCUAGGACUUAUGAAUGGAACACUGUUCGCAGUGACAGACUAAACAGUGCGUCUGUCCACUCCGUCACCAUCUUUUCUUCUCCCAGACUGCUGAUAGAGCCUCUUAAACACAUCUCUUCAUAUCCAUUCUCUGUUUGGUUCCCACACAAUAGUUCUUUAUAUUAAAACAAAAACAAGACCACCAGAUCGUAUGAUUUCACUUCUCUCCUUAAACCAUGAAAAAUGGCUUCGUGUGGCUUUUCAGUCUGAAUCCCAAACCCUCAACAUGGCUUACUGAACUUUCUGUUCUUUAGUCUCUCCCUACACCUCUGACACUUCUCUUGCCCCCCUCACCUUUCAGUUUGCAGUAGCCUGGAGUUGUCCCUCGGAAGAUUGAGGUGGCAGCUUAGUGAAUAUGAAUACUUUGUUGUGGUAUAAAUGUGUUGCAAUAAGCACAAUGGAUAUGCUUUUACCAGAAGACUUGGUGACGUCAGACAGAGAAAUUGCUGGAUAUGGCUUCUUAAGUGUCCUAGUUCUUCCUGGGAAGCAUGCUCAGUUUUGUGGUCAUGGAAUUUUUCCUGUCCAGAGUAUGGGUUGGUUUUUUUCUAUCUCCAAACAUGAUCCACGAACCUAAGGAAAUGAUAAGUUACAUGGUUGCAAACUCAGCCUUUUCUGGCCACACCACUUGCUUUUAACAUCCAUAAGCCAACAGGGCCAUCUUACUAGUGGUUUGCAAGUUGUAUAAUAAUGAUUAGAUAUCACACAUGGAUACUUACAUGGAACAAUAACCAGUCUAUGGACAGGCACAUUUGGUGCUACAUUAUGGCCUAGGAUGGAGUCACUACUGCAGGCCCACCUAGGGAGUACUAUACAACCACAUGCACCUUGUCUCAGUUAUGCCAGUGCCAUGUUCCUUCCUACUGGAGCGCAUUUACCCUUGCUGUUCCUUCUUGGAUCAUUCCUCCCAAACCCCACCUUAUACCUUCCUUUCCAUUUAGAUAAUUCCUACUUAACAGUCACAUCUUCUCAAUAUUUGAGUUACUUCCUCUUAGAAACAUGUCCUGCUCUUUAGACUAGGUUGGAUAUCCCUGUCUGGUCCUUCCAUAAUGCACUUGACAUCCCCUGUAGAUAGAGUCCUUGCUCUUGCAAUUCAAUGAUUGUCCCACUUUUAGAUUUUAAGCUCUUUAAGGGAAAACUUGUCUAAUUUUUACAGAACCCCAAUAUCAAGCAUGAGGCCUGACAUAUAGUAGUCAGUCACCCAAUAAAGUAUCUGUUGUUUGAAUAAAGAAAUACAUGAACAAUGGAAGGGGAGCUCCUAGAUGAGAAGAAGGAACAGAUCACAAGGAAGGAGAGGAAGUACUUCCUGCUGAUGCUGAUGGUGGAACUGCAAUUAACUGUGAGGUAAAAAAGAAAAAGUCUCCUGCCCGGCCCAUGAGCCUGACUUCAGCUUCCAAGGAAGUGUAAUUGUUAGAGUCUGCCUAGGUUUCCUGUGGAAGAGAAAUUGCAUCAAAUAAGACCUGUGCAGUACACCCAGCAAUUCAAGAAAGGCACCAGAAGAGAGCAGCCCUGAGGCCUGGAAGUGGAUCUGAGCACAACUCUGGCUACACACCCCAAUGCAUUCUAGGACUUGUAUGGUGAACUUUGAGAAACUAUGUUUUUCCUUUGCUCUCUUUCCUUCAUGUCUUCUUUCUUUUUUUAAAAAAAAAAUUCUUUUAAUGUUUUAUUUUAUUUUUGAGAUUCAAGAGAGAGACACGGUGCAAGCAGGGGAGGGGCAGAGAGAGAGGGAGACACAGAAUCUGAAGCAGGUUCCAGGCUCUGAGCCAUCAGCCCAGAGCCCGACGCGGGGCUCAGAUCCAUGAAAGCAAGAUCAUGACCUGAGCUGAAGUUGAACACUCAACUGACUGAGCCACCCAGGCGCCCCAACCCUUCAUGUUUUUCCCAUUGAUAACAAAACUAUUUAAAAAGAGAGAGAGAAAGAAGAAUCAUUAGAGGACAUCCAGAAGUUAAAUGCUUGCCAAAGAGAAGCAAGCAUUCUGUGUUUUCAUUCUCAGUGGGUCAGAAGCAAUGGCAUCUGGAAAUAGGAAAAGGAAGGAUUUAUCCAGGAAGAGAGAUAGGAGAAAAAGGAGAGUGGGCACAGGCUGCUUUGAGAUUGUGAUCCCCCGAGACCUAUCAGGUAUCCCUUUCUUGUACCCACCCCUAAUCAAUAAUAUUCUUCUCUUCAUCUCUUCUGAUUCCUCUCUAAUUACUUGUGGUCCUUUUUUUUUUUUAUCAGAGUAGCACCUUUGCUCCUGGACAUAGGAUCCAUUUCCAAUGGCUAAAGGCUUUGAUGCACUGAGAGUAUCAUUGAUAGAACAGGCAACCCAAAAUAGAAGUGUAAGUACAUAUUCCCUGGGAAACAUAGGUAGACAUGGUUAGGUACCAUAAGCCAACUGUUGUAACAAAUAGCGCUGUAGUCUCAGUGACAAAACACUCAUGAGAAGAAGUUACUCAUGUCUACUGAGGGUCAAUGGAGGAGGGAAUGGGAAGAAGAGAGACUCUGCUCCACACAGUGACUCAAGGACUCAGGCUUUUUUCCAACCUGUUACUCUUCCACCUUCUAGGUUAUGUCUUCCUCUGUUUUCAGCCAGUCGGUGGGUAAAGAAAGAAGAUCACUCAUGGGAGGGUUGCAUUAGCUAGCCCUGAAAGUGGCAUACACUUCCAUCUUUUAUACCAGCCAGAACUAAGUCACAAGGCUGCACCCAGUGGCAAAGGUAGCUGGCAAAUAUGGUUGUCCUACUUUCCCAGGGUUGUCAAAACAAAGUACUGGGUGGUUUCAAAUAACAAAACUUAUUCUAUCACAGUUAUGAAGGGUAGAAGUCUGAAACCAAGGUGUCAUCAGGACUAGCCUCCCUCUGAAAACUUUAGAGAAGACUCUUUCCUUACCUCCUCCUUGCUUCUGGUGGGUUGCUGGCAAUUUGUCAUCACUGGCUACAGCUACACUUCUCCAGUUUCUUCCUGAGUCUUCGCGUGGCUGUCUUACCUCUGUGUCUCUGUGUCCAAAUUUCCCUCUUUUUAUACGGACACCAGUCAUUGGAUUAAGGCCCACUCUAAUCCGUUAUGACCUUAUCUUAACAUGAUUACAUCUACAGAGGCCCUAAUCCCAAAUAAGGUCACAUAUACAGGUACUGAAAUUUAGGGCUUAAACAUAUUUUGGGGGGAGAAGGGUUGUGGUACACAGUUCAAGUAUGACAGUGGCCUAGAGGAAAAGAUGAACUGGUGAACCACUUUCCAAUCUCUCUCUGCCUAGCUGUUAAGAUACUGUAUCACAAGUAAUGGUGAAUAGGAAGGCCUUUUGAAGGGUUUUGUUUUUGUUUUUGUUUUUGUUUUUGAAGGUUUUAGAGAACUAAGCCUUUAUUUAUCACAUUGUUUCUAGAUUAACUGGAUUUAACACCAGGCAACUCUGACUGAUAAAGGAACUUUUGGAAGUUAACCUACCUCUAAGACAUAACUGCUUAUACCUCAGGGAAAUUUACCCCACUCAAAUAAUGUUGCAAGUUUUUUUUAAAGUAGUAUGUGUCACAUUUCAUAAUAAUAUUAACUCUGAUGGUUCAAUAAAAUAAAAGUAGGCAUAUUAAAAUUAAUAUAAGCACCUCUAAAACCCCAUGCCUAUUAAAUAUGCUUAGCAUAAAACAAUAAAGAUUUCCUUUUUCUACUUGGGUCACUGUCAUCUGACUGUGGUUUCUGCUCUUGGCAUUUUCCAUCUUGGUCUUUGCUCAUCUGACCGCACUUUAUUAAAGUGUGCACUUUGUUAAGUCAGCCAUGAUUUAAUAAAAGAACAGUGGCCUUAGAAUCCGAACUUUAGCUCUGUAUUCUAUUAACUUUGUUAUCUUGGGCAAGUCACCAAAAAAAAAAUUACUGAGUUUACUUCAAUGUUUUCACCUGUACUGUGAUUGAUAUUAACCCUUUCCCUGUGUGGUUAUGAGAAUCCUAUAAAGUCACUUAAUAUUUGAGUGUGUGUCAUAUGCCAGGAUUGUUAUAAGUGCAUGAGAUGUAUCAGUGACACCCGACAAAGAUUUGUCUUCAUGGAGCUUUUAUCCUAGGAGAUAAAAAUCGUAUACAUUAUAAAAUGCUUUACAAAGGUAAGGUAUUAUCAUCAUUGCUAUCUUGCCAGCAGCAGCUCUAAUUUUUCAAAUGUCUUUAAAACUCUUAUUAUGCGUAUCUCCUAGAUAUCAAGUACACAAAAAGAAAAUGUAAGAAAUGAAGUAUUUACUCAUUAGGAGUUUAACUACAAAUAUAAACUGGAUGGUAAAUAUCGAAAAUGUUUCUUUAUUGCAUUUAAAAGUAAUCCUUGGACCCCUCGUAUAUGUUGUGAAUGAGGCUUUGUGUGGAAUGUGAAAAUAGGCAUUAAUCCUGUCUUCAAGGAAUUUAUAGAGUCCAGUGAAACACAUGCCCACAAAAUACCUGCAGUAUUGGGGGGAGGGUGCCUGGGUGGCUCAAUAAGGGUCUGAUUCUUGGUUUCAGCUCAAGCCAUGAUCUCAUUGUUCCAUGGGUUUGAGCCCUGUGUCGGGCUCUGCACUGACAGCGUGGAGCCUGCUUGGGAUUCUCUCUCCCUCUCUGUCUGCCCCUUCCCCAUUUGCACUGUCUCUGUCUCUCUCAAAAAACAUAACAAAACAAAAACAAACAAGCAAACAAAUAAACAAACAAAACCCUGCACUGUGAGGAUAGAAAGUGAAUAGUGCCCAAAUGUGAGGCACCAAAAAAUUGAUUGAAAGCUUCAAAAGACCACCCCAAACACCUGCAACACUGUAAUGUCUUAUUGACAUUUUCUAUAUGUAAAAUAUUUACCUUCUACUGUUGUGAUGGACAUAGCACUCCUAGUACCUGUUUCAAUUACCUACUUACUGCGUUUUCAUUUUACACGUUGAAUGUAGAUGUUGACAUCUGUGGUCUGCUGGUACAGUGUUUGUGCCGUACUCUCACUCUGUAGUAGACAUAUAUUGCCUAAGAGCCUACAUGAUAUUUCAGAACAGCAUCCGAACAUCCAGAAGGUUAUAACUCAUUGUCAAAAUUGGAGGCCUGUACGUGUCUAUUUAAAGAAAUUUUUUUAACAUUUAUUCAUUUUUGAGAGACAGAGUGUGAGCAGGGGAGGGGCAGAAAGAGAGAGGGAGACACAGAAUGUGAAGCAGGCUCCAGGCUCCCAGCUGUCAGCCCAGAGCCCAACGCGGGGCUCGAACCCACGAACUGUGAGAUCAUGACCUGAGCCGAAGUCGGAUGCUUAACCGACUGAGCCACCCAGGCGCCCCUGUACCUGACUAUUUAAAGCCAUGUAUACAUAUUUGGGUGUUGGCAGAGAAGACACUGUUAUAAGAGCCUGUCUCAUCUUAAUCAGAAGUUUCUAAUUCAUGAAGUAUUGAAAUGUGAAGUACACUUAUUUUCAGUUUAUGUUACAGUGAUUGGGCUCCUAAUUGGUCCACCAAACCCAUUGAUUAAAAAACACAUUUUGAUGUCACUGGAGAGUAAAGGGUGUUAGUAACACAUCUCUUCUAUUGAUCCAGUUGCUAGAAAAGUUUUCCUUUUUCCUUCUUUUCCCCUUUUGGUGAUAUCACUUUUUCCCCAAAAUAUGUGCCAAGAAAUUCCCAUUUCAGAACUUUGGAGGGCUGUUCUUCUUGGCUAGAGUGUUUUUACUCCAGGUAAUUGCUUGACUUGGUCCCUGAGUUCAUUCGUGUUUUUAAAGAGCAUUCCUCGACACCGUACCUAAAGUAGCACCUGUCUCCCAUCACUCCUUAUCCUAAACUUAUUUUCCCAGUAGCACUUACCACUUACCAGUGUCUUAGUUCCCCUGUAAGAAUAUAAGCGCCAUGAUAGUGGAAAUGUUGCCAGUUUUGUUGACCAUUAUACCCCCAGUGGUUAGGACAGUCUAUCCCUAGUGCUUAGUUCCUGGUACAUGGUAAAUGUUCAAUAGAUAUUUAUUGUUUAGAUGAAUCCAGUUUCCAGGCUGGGGGUGCUCCUGAGAAAGCUUGAGUAAGGGGGCCCCAGUGGGGAUGGGUGAGGGAAUAAGUGGAAUAGCUGAAGGGCUAGCAGAGGAUUAGGAUACCAUGGGGGAUUUCUGGCAGAGCUCUGACAACAGUGGGAAUUGAGUUCCCGAGGUUUUUGUACAAGUCCCUGUAGGAUUUUGUUUCAUAAAAAAGAGGCCCAGUGCCCCUGCCUGGCUGUGGGAUCCAAGACACCAUUGGUGGUGGGUGUAUCCGCUCAAGAGGAAGGAGGGUGGAGAGAGUAAGGGGCAGCAAGACUCAGUUGACUCGAGAUGAAGAUGUGACAAAUGUCUUUAGGGUGGUAAGCCAGAGAGGAAGAUUAAUCCCAGUAGCAGUCUGGACGGAAGGUGAGUUUUUCUUUUCAUGUCUAUUAAAAAGAUGAGUUCCCAAUUUUGGUAGCCCUUUUCAUGUUAGAAACAUUUUUUAAGGUCAAUUUUUCUAAGUUGAAAAUUACCUGUAUUUGUAGAAAUAAUGGUAGGAUCAACAACGACAACAACACAUUGACAUAGGCACCUUCAGUUUUCAAAGUGUGUUGAAAUACAUUAUCUCACUGAUCUGAUCCUUACUUUAUUUUUACAUUUAAGUAUUCUGUGUAUUAUACUUUGAGUUUGUUUUCUAGGAAUAGGGAUGAAUGUUUAGCAUAUGUAUUAGUAUAAAAUACUGGUUGCAUCCACAAUUUAAUAUGUUCAAAUAUACGGAUAUGGCCACCUUGAUCCAAAAGAUGAAAUUGGGUUUCUUGUGAUAAAAACCAACCCUGUUUUCUUCUUAUCAAGAAUAAUUCUGGAACUUUAUAUAUAUAAUUUCCUUAAAAGCUGGGAUUGUGUUUUAUUUGUCAGUCAAUAAGGAGAAUUAGGUUAAGAUUACUUAUAAAAUGUUUUAACUGCAUGAAUUUCUUGUAUUUCUAUUACCCAGUGUCUUACAUAUAAAUUGACAAACCUUGACUAACUGCCUUCAAUAUAUCAUGCUUGGUUCUGGGAAAUGCAGUGAUCUCCCUCCAACCCAAGCACGCAUGUACACACACACACACACACACACACACACACACACACACACACACACUUUCCCUGGCCUUAAGACGCUUCUGUUGGGUAAACAUACAGUUGUGCGAUAUGUUACAGGUGCCUUGUCAGAAGGGUACAGUGGGAAGAGGAGGCACAGGGGCGGGAGUGGUCUGUGUUACCUGCUUGAUGGGGAACCUGUUUUCAAGUCUCCGUGACAAAAGUCAUUCUUAAGCUGAGUUUUGAAAGAUUAUCAUUUGAAACCAAGUGAAUAACAUCUUAAAACUGUAACUUUCCUACAUGCACUUUAGGAUAUUAACAGCUAAUCCUUUCCCUUGAGUAGCCUCUUCACUGGCUGAAAUGUAUCUCCUCAGUUUCAGAGACAUCAAGAUUGUUAUAGUUUUCUUAUUAUGCAUUGUGUCUGUUCUGUGCUGAAGUACCUGUAGGAAGAAAAUUAAGUGCAGGUUUUGUGUGUGGGUUGAGAGCUGAUCGAAUUGAAGGUGUGUCAAGAACCAACCAGCAGUGUCCCCACAUCAUCCGAGUCCCUGGUAUUCUUUUUUCCAGGCUUUCUGCAUUGUAACCGGUCCCGAUGGUAAUUGGUUGAAUCAGAUUUAACAAUGCAGUCAGAUAAACAGUUGUGGCAGCUGCUGCCAUGGCAACGUCACCGUCCUUACCCUCCCAGCGCGCGCCCCUUCCCCACCCCUCCUCCUCCUCCUGCUUUCCUCCAGUAAGUGCAUACUCGCUAGUGGUCUGUGCAGGCAGCAGGGUUUAAUGGCAGAGCUAUUUUCUUUCCAAACUGUUCAAAAUGAUGAACGAAGAUGCAGCUCAGAAAAGCGACAGCGGAGAGAAGUUCAAUGGCAGUAGUCAGAGAAGAAAAAGACCCAAAAAGUCUGACAGCAAUGCAAGCUUCCUCCGUGCUGCCAGAGCAGGUAACCUGGACAAAGUAGUGGAAUAUCUGAAGGGGGGCAUAGACAUCAAUACCUGCAAUCAGAAUGGACUCAACGCUCUCCAUUUGGCUGCCAAGGAGGGCCAUGUGGGCCUGGUUCAGGAGCUGCUGGGAAGAGGGUCCUCUGUGGAUUCUGCCACUAAGAAGGGGAACACUGCUCUUCACAUUGCAUCUUUGGCUGGACAAGCAGAAGUUGUCAAAGUUCUUGUUAAGGAAGGAGCCAAUAUUAAUGCACAGUCUCAGAAUGGCUUCACUCCUUUAUACAUGGCUGCCCAAGAGAACCACAUUGAUGUUGUAAAAUAUUUGCUUGAAAAUGGAGCUAAUCAGAGCACUGCUACUGAGGAUGGCUUUACGCCACUAGCUGUGGCACUCCAGCAAGGACACAACCAGGCAGUGGCCAUCCUCUUGGAGAAUGACACCAAAGGGAAAGUGAGGCUGCCGGCUCUGCAUAUCGCAGCGAGGAAAGACGACACCAAAUCUGCCGCACUCCUGCUUCAGAACGAUCAUAACGCUGACGUACAAUCCAAGAUGAUGGUGAAUAGGACCACCGAGAGUGGUUUUACCCCUUUGCACAUUGCCGCCCACUAUGGAAACGUCAACGUGGCAACUCUUCUUCUAAACCGGGGAGCUGCUGUGGACUUCACAGCGAGGAAUGGAAUCACCCCUCUGCAUGUGGCUUCCAAAAGGGGAAACACAAACAUGGUGAAGCUCUUACUGGAUCGUGGUGGUCAGAUCGAUGCCAAAACUAGGGAUGGGUUGACACCCCUUCACUGUGCUGCAAGAAGUGGACAUGACCAAGUGGUAGAACUUCUGUUGGAACGGGGUGCUCCCUUGCUGGCAAGGACUAAGAAUGGGCUGUCUCCACUUCACAUGGCUGCACAGGGGGACCAUGUGGAAUGUGUGAAGCACCUGUUACAGCACAAGGCGCCUGUUGACGAUGUCACCCUAGACUACCUGACGGCCCUCCACGUUGCUGCACACUGUGGCCACUACCGUGUCACCAAACUCCUUCUGGACAAAAGAGCCAAUCCAAACGCCAGAGCUCUGAAUGGUUUUACUCCACUGCACAUUGCCUGCAAGAAAAACCGCAUCAAAGUCAUGGAACUGCUGGUGAAAUAUGGGGCUUCAAUCCAAGCUAUCACAGAGUCUGGCCUCACACCAAUACAUGUGGCUGCCUUCAUGGGCCACUUGAACAUUGUCCUCCUUCUGCUGCAGAACGGAGCCUCUCCAGAUGUCACUAACAUUCGUGGGGAGACUGCAUUGCACAUGGCAGCCCGGGCAGGGCAGGUGGAAGUGGUCCGAUGCCUCCUGAGAAAUGGUGCCCUUGUCGAUGCCAGAGCCAGGGAGGAACAGACGCCUUUGCACAUUGCCUCUCGCCUUGGUAAGACAGAAAUUGUCCAGCUGCUUCUACAACAUAUGGCUCAUCCAGAUGCAGCCACAACAAAUGGGUACACGCCCCUGCACAUCUCUGCCAGGGAAGGCCAGGUAGAUGUGGCAUCAGUCCUCUUGGAAGCAGGAGCAGCCCACUCUUUAGCUACCAAGAAAGGUUUCACUCCCCUGCAUGUAGCAGCCAAGUAUGGAAGCCUGGAUGUGGCAAAACUCCUCUUGCAACGCCGUGCUGCCGCAGAUUCUGCAGGGAAGAAUGGCCUUACCCCACUCCAUGUUGCUGCUCAUUAUGACAACCAGAAGGUGGCACUGCUGUUACUGGAGAAGGGUGCUUCCCCUCAUGCCACUGCGAAGAAUGGCUAUACUCCUUUACAUAUUGCUGCCAAGAAGAAUCAAAUGCAGAUCGCUUCCACACUCCUGAACUAUGGAGCGGAGACUAACAUUGUAACAAAGCAAGGAGUAACCCCACUCCAUCUGGCCUCACAGGAGGGGCACACGGAUAUGGUCACCUUGCUUCUGGAUAAGGGAGCCAAUAUUCACAUGUCAACUAAGAGUGGACUCACAUCUUUACAUCUUGCAGCCCAGGAAGAUAAAGUGAAUGUUGCUGACAUUCUUACUAAGCAUGGGGCUGACCAGGAUGCUCACACAAAGCUUGGUUACACUCCUUUAAUUGUGGCCUGUCACUAUGGAAAUGUGAAAAUGGUCAACUUUCUUCUGAAGCAGGGUGCGAAUGUCAACGCAAAAACCAAGAACGGCUACACGCCUUUGCACCAGGCCGCCCAGCAGGGCCACACGCACAUCAUCAACGUCCUGCUGCAGCACGGGGCCAAGCCCAACGCCACGACCGCGAAUGGCAACACUGCCUUGGCGAUUGCUAAGCGUCUGGGCUACAUCUCCGUGGUCGACACCCUGAAGGUUGUAACGGAGGAGGUCACCACCACCACCACGACUAUUACGGAAAAACACAAGCUAAAUGUUCCUGAGACGAUGACUGAGGUUCUUGAUGUUUCUGAUGAAGAGGCUUUUAAACAGUUCGGUGACAACUUUAUUGAUGGGGAAGCGCUUAGUGAUUCAGGUGAUGACACAAUGACAGGUGAUGGAGGAGAAUACCUAAGGCCCGAGGAUCUGAAAGAGCUGGGUGAUGACUCUCUACCCAGCAGCCAGUUCCUGGAUGGUAUGAAUUACCUGCGAUACAGCUUGGAGGGAGCCCGCUCAGACAGCCUUCGAUCCUUCAGUUCCGACAGGUCUCACACCCUGAGCCAUGCCUCUUACCUGAGGGACAGUGCCAUGAUUGACGACACGGUUGUCAUCCCCAGUCACCAGGUGUCAACUCUAGCCAAGGAAGCAGAAAGGAAUUCUUAUCGUCUCAGCUGGGGCACUGAGAACUUAGACAACGUGGCUCUUUCUUCCAGCCCUAUUCAUUCAGGCCGCAUCUCUCCAUGUCUUGAUCGUGACAACAGCAGUUUCCUGGUUAGUUUUAUGGUGGAUGCCCGAGGUGGUGCGAUGAGAGGGUGCAGACACAAUGGGCUCCGUAUCAUUAUUCCACCUCGGAAAUGUACUGCCCCAACUCGAGUCACCUGCCGUCUUGUCAAACGUCAUAGACUGGCGACAAUGCCUCCAAUGGUGGAAGGAGAAGGCCUGGCCAGUCGUCUGAUCGAAGUCGGACCUUCUGGUGCUCAGUUCCUUGGUAAACUUCACCUGCCAACGGCCCCUCCCCCACUUAAUGAGGGAGAAAGUUUGGUCAGCCGCAUCCUUCAGCUGGGGCCUCCUGGAACCAAAUUCCUUGGGCCUGUGAUCGUGGAGAUUCCUCAUUUUGCUGCCCUUCGAGGAAAGGAGAGGGAACUGGUGGUCCUCCGCAGUGAGAAUGGGGACAGCUGGAAAGAGCAUUACUGCGAAUACACUGAAGAUGAAUUGAAUGAAAUCCUUAAUGGCAUGGAUGAAGUGCUGGAUAGCCCGGAAGACCUAGAAAAGAAACGGAUCUGUCGCAUCAUCACCCGCGACUUCCCGCAGUACUUUGCAGUGGUGUCUCGGAUCAAACAGGACAGCAACCUGAUUGGCCCCGAGGGGGGCGUGCUGAGCAGCACAGUGGUGCCCCAGGUGCAGGCCGUCUUCCCAGAGGGGGCGCUAACCAAGAGGAUCCGUGUAGGCCUACAGGCUCAACCUAUGCACAGUGAGCUGGUUAAGAAGAUUCUAGGCAACAAAGCUACCUUCAGCCCUAUAGUCACUUUGGAACCUAGAAGAAGAAAAUUCCACAAGCCAAUUACCAUGACCAUUCCUGUCCCCAAAGCUUCAAGUGAUGUCAUGUUGAAUGGUUUUGGGGGAGAUGCACCAACCUUAAGAUUACUAUGCAGCAUAACAGGUGGAACCACCCCUGCACAAUGGGAAGAUAUUACAGGAACUACGCCAUUAACAUUUGUCAAUGAAUGUGUUUCCUUUACAACCAAUGUGUCUGCCAGGUUCUGGCUGAUAGAUUGUCGGCAAAUCCAGGAAUCUGUUACCUUUGCAUCACAAGUGUAUAGAGAAAUUAUCUGUGUACCAUAUAUGGCCAAAUUUGUUGUGUUUGCCAAGUCACAUGACCCCAUUGAAGCCAGGUUGAGAUGUUUCUGCAUGACUGAUGAUAAGGUGGAUAAGACCCUUGAACAACAAGAAAAUUUUGCUGAGGUGGCCAGAAGCAGGGAUGUAGAGGUACUAGAAGGAAAACCAAUCUAUGUGGAUUGUUUUGGCAACCUGGUGCCAUUAACCAAGAGUGGCCAACAUCAUAUAUUCAGUUUUUUUGCCUUUAAAGAAAACCGACUUCCUCUCUUUGUCAAGGUACGUGAUACGACUCAGGAACCUUGUGGGCGACUAUCAUUUAUGAAAGAGCCCAAAUCCACAAGAGGCCUGGUGCAUCAAGCUAUUUGCAACUUAAACAUCACCCUGCCAAUUUAUACAAAGGAAUCAGAGUCAGAUCAAGAACAGGAGGAAGAGAUCGAUAUGACAUCAGAAAAAAAUGAUGAGACAGAAUCUACAGAAACAUCUGUCCUGAAAAGUCAUCUGGUUAAUGAAGUUCCUGUCCUAGCCAGUCCGGACUUGCUCUCUGAAGUUUCUGAGAUGAAACAAGAUUUGAUCAAAAUGACCGCCAUCUUGACCACAGAUGUAUCUGAUAGGGCAGGUUCUAUCAAAGUGAAGGAGCUGGUGAAGGCUGCUGAGGAAGAGCCAGGAGAGCCUUUUGAAAUUGUUGAAAGAGUUAAAGAGGACUUAGAGAAAGUGAAUGAAAUCCUGAGAAGUGGAACCUGCACGAGAGAUGAAGGCAGUGUGCCGAGGUCUCAGUCGGAGAAAGAAUUAGUGGAAGAGGAAUGGGUAAUUGUCAGUGAUGAGGAAAUAGAGGAGGCUAGGCUAAAAGCACCCUUAGAAAUCACCGAAUACCCAUGUGUAGAAGUUAGGAUAGAUAAAGAGGGUGACGUAAAAGUAGAGAAAGACUCAACUGGGCUAGUGAACUACCUUACUGAGGAUCUAAAGUCGUAUGUGUCUCCUCAUGAAAAGAAACAGCAGACAGCUCAAGAGAUAGCAGGGGAGAAAUGUGAGGCCCUGGCUGUGGGCAGGAGCUCUGAAAAUGAAGGGAAAGAUGCACCCCCAGGUGAGACACAGAGUGCACAGAAACAACACAAACCAAGCCUGGGCAUAAAGAAGCCAGUGAGAAGGAAAUUAAAAGAAAAACAGAAACAAAAAGAGGAAAGCGUACAAGGUAGUACAGAAAAAAGUGAACUUAAAAAAUGUAGUUCUGAAGAGUCAUUAGAUGAAGACACCGGUUUAGCCCCUGAGCCUCUUCCCACCGUAAAGGCCACUUCACCUUUGAUAGAAGAGACUCCCAUUGGUUCCAUAAAGGACAAAGUAAAGGCCCUUCAGAAACGAGUGGAAGAUGAACAAAAAGGUCGAAGCAAGUUGCCUGUCCGCGUCAAAGGCAAAGAGGAUGUGCCAAAAAAGAUAACCCACAGGACACAUCCAGCUGUAUCACCCUCUCCGAAGUCAGAGAGGCAUGGACCAGCAUCACCCUCUUCUAAAACAGAAAGACACUCUUCUCUUUCCGCUUCUACAAAAACUGAAAGGCAUCCUGCAAUAUCACCAUCAAGUAAAACUGAGAAACACUCCCCUGUGUCUCCCUCUGCAAAAACUGAAAGGCACUCACCUGUGUCAUCAAGUAAAACUGAGAAACACUCACCUGUGUCACCCUCGACAAAAACUGAAAGACACUCCCCUGUGUCAUCUACAAAAACAGAGAGACACCCACCUGUUUCACCUUCAGGUAAAAUGGACAAACGCCCACCUGUAUCGCCUUCUGGGAGAACAGAGAAACAUGCCCCAGUAUCACCCGGGAGAACAGAAAAACGCUUGCCUGUAUCACCAGCUGGAAGAAUGGAAAAGCAUCCACCUGUAUCAACCUCUGGGAAAACUGAGAAACACUUGCCUGUGUCGCCUUCUGGGAAAACAGAAAAGCAACCACCUGUAUCCCCCACCUCAAAAACAGAAAGAAUCGAGGAGACCAUGUCUGUUCGGGAGUUGAUGAAGGCUUUCCAGUCAGGUCAGGACCCAUCUAAACAUAAGACUGGACUCUUUGAGCACAAAUCCGCAAAACAAAAGCAGCCACAAGAAAAAGGCAAAGUUCGGGUAGAAAAAGAAAAGGGGCAGAUGCCAACCCAGAGAGAAACACAGAAAACAGAGAGUCACACAAUCAAACGAGGUCAGAGAUUUGUGGUAACGGGAGUUACCGAAUCCAAAAGAGCGGUCCGUGCUUCCUCCAUAGGGCUUAAGAGAGAAGAGGUAGCUGUAGAGAAGGAGAAAGUUCUUGGCCACAAAACACCUGAACCUGUUCAGUCAGCACCAGAAGAAGAAAGCCAUAAAGAGAGCGAAGUCCCCAAAGAAAAGCUGGCAGAUGAACAGGGAGACCUGGAUCUCCAGAUCAGCCCAGACAGGAAGACCUCCACUGACUUUUCUGAUGUCAUUAAGCAAGAAUUGGAAGACAAUGACAAAUACCAACAGUUCCGAAUGAGUGAGGAGACUGAAGAAGUACAGCUUCACCUAGACCAAGUGCUCACUAGUCCUUUCAACACAACAUUUCCACUAGAUUACAUGAAAGAUGAAUUUCUUCCAGCUCUGUCUUUACAAAGUGGUGCUUUGGAUGGCAGUUCUGAGAGCCUAAAGCCUGAAGGGGUGGCAGGUUCUCCAUGUGGCAGCCUGAUGGAAGGCACCCCUCAGAUUAGUUCAGAAGAAAGCUACAAGCAUGAGGGCCUAGCAGAGACCCCUGAGACAAGCCCAGAAAGCCUUUCUUUCUCACCAAAGAAAAAUGAGGAGCAAAUUGGGGAAAUAAGCGAACCUACCAAGUUAGAAGCACCAACAGAAAUUCGUUCUGAAAAAGAACAUCCCUCAAUAAAAGACAUUACUGAUGGUUCUGAAGAGCAAGGUGCUCUAGUUACUGAAGGCACAGAGCCCUCAGCUGAGUGUUUGCUGAAGGAGACCACCCUAGAGCCUUCCAAAGACACAUGCCCCAAACAAGAAGAUGAUUCCCUUGGCAGCUGUAGUGUGUUAGCAAAAGAAACACCCAAAGAAUUGCCUGAGGAAGCAUCCUCUGAUGAGGGUCAACUUAAAUAUGGUGGUUCAGCCCACAAGACACAAACUGAUACUGAAGCUCAGAAAUCCACAACCACCAAGCUCUCAGAUGAGACCAAGUCCUCUCCACUGCCUGAUGCUUCUGUAAAGACAGGCACAGGGGCUGAAUCAAAGCCCCAGGGAGUAGCUAGAAGUCCCCAAGGGUUAGAACUUGCACUCCCUAGCCGAGAUAGUGAGGUCCUCAGCCCUGGUGCUGAUGAAUCAUUUGCAGUGAGCCACAGAGACUCCCUGGAAGCCAGCCCUGUGCUAGAGGAUAACUCCUCACACAAAACUCCAGAUUCUCUGGAACCAAGUCCUCUGAAAGAAUCCCCUUGCCGUGACUCUCUUGAAAGCAGUCCUGUGGAACCAAAGAUGAAGGCUGGAGUUCUCCCAAGUCACUUUCCUCUUCCUGCAGCCGUAGCCAAAACAGAAAUCUUCACGGAAGUGGCCUCGAUGCGGUCCCGGCUGCUCCGAGACCCAGACGGCAGUGCUGAAGAUGACAGUCUUGAGCAGACAUCACUGGUAGAGAGCUCAGGGAAGAGCCCUCUUUCUCCUGACACCCCCAGCUCUGAAGAAAUUAGCUAUGAGGUUACACCCAAAGCCACAGAUACAAGCACACCCAAACCAGCUGUAAUUCAUGAAUGUGCAGAGGAGGAUGACUUGGAAAAUGGGGAGAAAAAGAGAUUUACACCUGAAGAGGAAAUGUUUAAAAUGGUAACCAAAAUCAAAACGUUUGAUGAACUUGAACAAGAAGCAAAGCAGAAAAGGGACUACAGGAAAGAACCCAAGCAAGAAGAAUCUUCUUCAUCCUCUGACCCAGAUGCUGACUGUUUAGCAGGUGUGGAUGAACCAAAACGUAUGGAGAGUGUAGAGGAUGAAAACAAUGUCCCUGUGGUAGUAACAUCAGAGAGCAGAAAGGCUUCUUCCUCCUCAGAAAGUGAACCUGAGUUGGCACAGCUGAAACAAGGUGCUGACUCAGGCCUCACACCAGAGCCAGUUAUUCGAGUGCAGCCUCCUUCCCCACUUCCAUCCAGCAUAGACUCCAAUUCUAGUCCUGAAGAAGUACAGUUUCAGCCUAUUGUUUCCAAACAAUACACUUUCAAGAUGAAUGAAGAUACUCAGGAAGAAUUAGGUAAAUCAGAGGAAGAAAAAGAUCAUGAACCCCACAUACCUGAGGACAAUCAUACCAUUUCUUCCAGUGGCCCAGAUACAUCUUAUGAUGAUCUGAACAGAUGUGCUGAUCAACCAGAAGUCUGUGAUGGCCAUGAGUGUGAGGCUGGGAGUCCUAGUGGCUCAGUAACUCCUGUAUCUUCAGGUCUCCGCAGCCCCACUGGGGGAGAAAUCAAUGAGCAGCUAGUUAUCCAUAAAGAAUCAUUACCUCUCCAAGACACUGAUGACAAAAACACAGAAGAAGAGCUUAAUGUUUCUAGAGUGGAAUCUCUACAAGUAGAUUGCCCCAGUGAAAGCUCUUCAUCUUUGUCCUCUUUUCCUCAUUGUCCAGCAUCUGAAGGAAAAGAAUUAGAUGAAGACAUCGCCUCUCCAUCUUCUUCAAAAAUGGAAGACACCAAAACUGACCAAGAAUUUGAGAACUCACCAAAGGACUAUUCCACUCAAGACUCGUCGAUUACUACUCAAACAGAUAAAUUGUCCAUGGAUGUUCCUGUGUCUGACCCAGCUGAGACUGAUGAAAUCUACGAUCCUCAAAUAAUAAGCCCUUAUGAAAAUGUUCCUUCCCAAUCUUUUUUCUCCAGUGAAGAAAGCAAAACCCAAACAGAUGCAGGACACACAAGUUUUCACUCUUCUGAAGUGUAUUCUGUUCCCAUCAAAUCCUCUGUCGAAGAUGUAGUGGUAACAAGCUCCUCCAUUGGAACUAUUUCAAGUGAAGAAUCUAAUUUUGAGAACCAAAAUAUGGAAAAAGAAUCCAAACAAGAAAGCACCUUGUGGGAACCUCAAUCAGAGAAAGGCCCCUCAUCUUUAGAGCCUUCUAUACCAAAUACAGCAGCAGUCGUUGGUGAACAAAUUAGCAAAGUCAUCAUCACAAAAACCGAUGUGGAUUCUGAUUCCUGGAGUGAAAUCCGUGAGGAUGAUGAAGCCUUUGAAGCUCGAGUGAAAGAGGAAGAGCAGAAGAUAUUUGGUUUGAUGGUAGACAGACAGUCACAGGGCACCACCCCUGACACCACUCCUGCAAGGACCCCAACUGAAGAGGGGACUCCAACCAGUGAGCAAAAUCCAUUUCUCUUUCAGGAAGGAAAAUUGUUUGAGAUGACCCGAAGUGGUGCCAUUGAUAUGACCAAAAGGUCCUAUGCAGAUGAAAGUUUUCACUUUUUCCAAAUUGGGCAAGAAUCCAGGGAAGAGACUCUCUCUGAAGACAUGAAAGAAGGGAGUCCUGCGGCUGAGCCCCCACAACGGGAGACAUCAGCUGAGUCACUAGCUCUCUCGGAAUCAAAAGAAACAGUGAGUGACGAAGCAGACUUACUUCCAGAUGACCUGAGUGAGGAAGUAGAGGAAAUACCUGCUUUAGAUGCUCAACUUAACUCCCACAUGGGGAAUUCAGCCUCCACUGAAAUAUCAACAGAAGAGGCUCCUUCUGUAGGAGCUGAGGACCUCCCCACCAUGCAUAUGGGGGAUAUGCCUCCUAAGUCCAGUGUGAAACAUACAGCUUGCCCUGACUCCCCUGAACCAGUCAUACAAGUUCAGUUAGAUUUUUCCGCAGUUACUAGGUCUGUAUAUUCAGAUCGGGAUGAUGAUUCUCCUGAUUCUUCCCCAGAGGAACAGAAAUCAGUAAUUGAAAUCCCUACUGCACCCAUGGAGAAUGUGCCUUCUACUGAAAGCAAAUCCAAAAUUCCUGUAAGGACUAUACCCACAUCAGCCACAGAGCCUCCAUCUGUGGAGUAUGAGAAUUCCCUUUCUGAAGAUUUUUUACCCAGCCUGGAUGAGGAAAGUAAAGAGGAUGAAACAAAACCAAAGUCUAAAAUCCCCGUGAAAGCACCUGUCCAAAGAGUAGAGCAGCAGCUUUCGCAUCUAGAUUCAUCUCUCCAGAAAACAGUGGCUCCUCAGGGUCAGGACAUGACAAGCAGAGCACCAGAUAGUAGAAGCAAAUCUGAAUCUGAUGCCAGUCCUUUGGACUCAAAGAUCAAAUGUCCAGUAAAAACUAAAAGUUACACUGAGGCAGAAACAGAAAGCAGAGAGAGGGCAGAGGAGCUUGAGUUAGAAUCAGAAGAGGGGGCCGCAAGACCAAAGAUAUUUACAUCCCGAUUGCCAGUUAAGAGCAAAAGCAACACAUCUUCCUGCAAGGGGGCUGUGAGCCCCACAAAAGAAAGUAAGGAGCAUUUCUUUGACCUUUACAGGAACUCCAUAGAAUUCUUUGAGGAGAUUAGUGACGAGGCUUCAAAGUUAGUAGAUAGACUUACCCAGUCAGAAAGGGAACAAGAAUUAGUUUCAGAUGAUGAAAGUAGUAGUGCCCUGGAAGUUUCAGUAAUUGAAAAUCUGCCACCUGUUGAGAACGAGCAUUCAAUUCCUGAGGACAUCUUUGACACAAGGCCCAUUUGGGAUGAGUCCAUUGAGACUCUGAUUGAACGCAUCCCUGAUGAAAAUGGCCAUGACCAUGCUGAAGAUCAACAGGAUGAGCAGGAACGGAUCGAGGAAAGGCUGGCUUAUAUUGCUGAUCACCUCGGCUUCAGCUGGACAGAAUUAGCAAGAGAACUGGAUUUCACUGAGGAGCAAAUUCAUCAAAUUCGAAUUGAGAAUCCUAACUCCCUCCAAGACCAGAGUCACGCGCUAUUGAAGUACUGGCUGGAAAGGGAUGGGAAACAUGCUACCGAUACAAGUCUCAUUGAAUGUCUCACCAAGAUCAACCGAAUGGAUAUUGUUCAUCUCAUGGAGGCCAGCACAGAGCCUCUCCAGGAGCGCAUCAGUCAUAGCUAUGCAGAAAUUGAACAGACAAUUGCACUGGAUCAUAGUGAAGGGUUCUCAGUACUUCAAGAGGAGCUAUGCAGUGCACAGCACAAGCAGAAAGAGGAGCAAGCUGCUUCUAAAGAAAGCGAGUCCUGUGAUCACCCUCCCAUUGUCUCAGAGGAAGACAUUUCUGUCGGUUAUUCUACUUUUCAGGAUUGCAUCCCCAAAACUGAGGGGGACAGUUCAGCAACAGAGCUCUUUCCCCAAACUCACAAGGAGCAAGUUCAACAGGAUUUCUCAGGGAAAAUGCAAGACCUGCCUGAAGAGUCAUCUCUUGAAUGUCAGCAGGAGUACUUUGUGACAACCCCAGGGACGGAAGUGUCAGAGACUCAAAAGCCUACGGCUAUAUCUGGCUCUCAAAGCAAGACACCUGAGGAAAUCAGUACCCCUCCUGAGGAGGAGAGGCCACACCUCCAGACUCCAACAUCUAGUGAGCAGGGCGACUCUCCCAUCGUACAGGAACCCGAAGAGCCCCCAGAACAUAAGGAGGAGAGUUCUCAGAAAACUAGCCUUGUGAUAGUGGAGUCUGCUGAUGACCAGCCACAGGCCCUUGAAAGAUUCGAUGACGAUGCAGCUUUCCAUAAGGAGCUAACAGAGGAAUUAGGUGAGCUGGAGGCCAGCUCAGAUGAGGAGGCGAUGGUAACUACCAGGGUUGUCCGCCGACGAGUGAUUAUUCAGGGAGAUGAUAUGCCUGACAUACCCCCAGAAACAGUCACAGAAGAAGAAUACAUUGAUGAGCAUGGACACACUGUGGUAAAGAAGGUCACUAGGAAAAUCAUUAGGCGGUACGUAGCCUCUGAUGGCACAGAGAAAGAAGAGGUUACAAUGCAGGGAAUGGCACAGGGACCCAUCAGCAUUGAGGAAGGAGAUGGCUAUUCCAAAGUCAUGAAGCGCAUUGUAUUAAAGAGUGACACUGAACAGUCAGAGGUAACUUUGUCUGAGCCCAGCAUUUUGUCCAGUACCUCACAAUUUCAGGCUGAACCAGUGGAAGGCCGUAGAGUCAGCAAAGUUGUUAAAACAACUAUGGUACAUGGAGAAAGGAUGGAGAAACAUCUGGGUGAUUCUAGUUUAGCCACUGAUCUUCCUUCAGCCAAAGAUGACUUUGAAGAGGCUUUGAGCUAUACAGGUAGCCACAUGAAAGUGCACUUACCCAGUUUAGUAGAGAAUGAGAUUCUGAAAGAGGAUGGAUCAGUAAUUAAAAGGACGACAAUGAGUAAAGCCAGUACACAGAAGAGGGCUGUGGUGAAGGACCAGCAUGGAAAACACAUUUACUUGGAGCACCUGGAGGAUGUACCAGAAGCACUAGACCAAGAUGACCUCCAGCGCGACCUCCAGCAACUCCUUCGGCAUUUCUGCAAGGAGGACUCGAAGCAAGAGGCCAAAUGAGGGGCUGCCCUGUCCUCACACCAGAAACCACACAUCCACUCGAUAUGCAACUUCCCGUUUCACUAGCAGAGCGACCUAAUGGGAUACCCUGACACUUCCACUUUUAGCAAAAACACUGCAUUUUGUUUUAGUUUUUCCCCAUCCUCUUUAACUGUAAGCUAAUUUGUGACCAAAGAUAGCAUCCUUCAGUCUGGAUGCUGUAUCCACUACUUUGUUGUGUCUGUGCUAAACUGGAAACUGGCCACCUCCGUCGUUCUUUGCUUCUGCACAAGCUCCAUGAAAAUCCAUCGAUCAGAAGAACUUCACCUACAGACCUCUUCAAGUGUUGAUAUAUAGGAAUCCUUCCAAGGGAUAUCCUUGUACAAUGUAUAUAGCUAAAAUGCUCAGAUGAACAACAUAUUAAAAUUAAAACCACUGCCUAUCAUAACUACACUGGGCAUCAUGGAAAUAAAAGGCCUCUAGAAAUUGCUGAACAAUGGUUAAUUAAGAUAUUGCUAACACAAUCGAAUGAUAAUACAGUUCUACUCCAAAAGAAGCACUUCAGACCUACCAUGUCCUUAGACCUUCCAGAGUAGCCAUUGCUCCUAGUUAAAGAUGGGUUAAUGACCUCAAGGAACUAUCCUAACUAAGCACUUAUUGCUGGUGCUGGCCAGCCUUGAUUUAUGAUUCUCCAACAGCCAUUCUGAGGGAGGGGAGAAGGGGAGCAGAAGGCAAAAGGAGUGAAACAAUGAGGUAUUCAGCUGCUAGCAGCUACAUCCUGUGGCGUUCUAGCAUCUUCAGGUCUUUUGGAUUUUGGACACAUUGGCAGGGUAUUUUAAAAGCUAUAACUACUGUACUUUUCCAGUUUUCAUUGCUGCUUUAGCAAACCACGCUGUCUUAUUGGUGGUACUUUCUUCUGGCCACUGCACUGUAGAUAAUUCAUUGGAAACAAGAUUUACCCACUACACAAAAGGUUAAACUCCUUCACCAUGCUGGAGUGUUUCCCCCCCCACCUCCGGGUUUAUAUCUUCUCUAAUACCUGCAUGUAGCAUUUAAAAAUCAAAACCACAGACAAAACUUCUCUUCUAAUCACACUGAUGGUUUUCAUUCUUCUGACCCUGAGCAAGCACUUUUCACUUUUCAGCUAGGUCUGUUUUUUAGCUUGCAGACAAGGUUGAGAAAUCCUUACAAAUUGGGUUUUGGUUAAAAUUUUUGAUUUAUUUAUUUGAAAUCCAAACUCCCUUGGAAACUCUUAAGUGCAUUUGUGCACUUUUUUGUUUGUUUCAAAGAAGGAACUUUAAUCAUCUGAGUGAUUUCCAUGUCCUAAUUCCUUAUUCCUCUAGUGGUUGAAGCUGUGUAGCAUUUUAACAUAUAUAUAUAUUCACAAAUAUAUUCAUAUAAACAGUAUACAUUUUGAAUCAGUUAUUUGUUAAAGAAAAGUAUAUUCGAUGAAGAUGAAAUUAAAAAAAAAAAAAAGAGUCUAUCCUCCAGGGAUUGAACAUUUUCCAAUUCUAUCUGGUCUUUUCCUGUUGUGCAAAAAUGACUCAUUGCUCCGAAUGUCAAAAACAAAAGUGACAAACAAUGGCACUUCAUCAUUUCAAGUAGUGUUGCCAAGGGCGCAAAUUUCCUGGGAGGGAGAUUUCCCAUAAGCCAAAUCUCUUAAGCCUCAAAUGCUAGCACUUUUUGGCAGUUGGAUAGGAAAUAAAGCUUUUUUGGCAGCCAAAAUGAGAGAGGCUGAUGGUGAAACUUUUUGAGACACACCAUGGCCUUCUUGUCAGAACCUUCACUGGAGCUCAAGAAAAGCAUUUCUGUUGUGUUAUUUGCAGUGCAGAUGAUGUCUGUGUAACAACAUAAUGGUUAUUCACCUUUUUUUGGUUUUGAUUUUUGCUGUGUAAUCAAAAAACUUGAAUACUGUGAGAAGAAGUGAAUUUUCAGUUGAUGAAUCAGCAUCUUGUUCCCAUGGUGAUAACACUAAUUGAAUAUAUCUAUGAGGGCAUGUAUUAGUUAAUGGAAAAAAAAAUACAACACUAACAAUACAUAGCUGCAAAUGUGUACAAUGGCUGAUUUAAUUAAAUAAAAUGUACAAGUGUUAAAUGUG